AUGAGCUGGAUGCUGCUGUUGUGUGUGCUGGCAGGGGGGCAUGGGUCAGAGGUCGGAGUUCAGGAGGGGUGCAGCCGUUGGAUGGGAGGUGUUCCUGGGACUCCUGGUCUGGACGGGCAGGAUGGGAGAGAUGGGAGAGAGGGGCGCCAGGGAGAGACAGGAGACACUGGACUUCCAGGUAGCACACACAUCAGGGAAUCAACAUAUAGAUUCUCAAACUUUCUCUCACUCACUCUCUUUCCUUCCCUCUCUCUUUCUCCUGUCCUCCCUAGGUGUGCGAGGUGAGAGGGGAGAGUUGGGGGAAGUUGGGGAGGACGGAGUCCAGGGACAACGGGGUUUCCCGGGGGCCCCAGGGCUACAGGGGCAGAGGGGCGAGAGUUCCUUCCUGUAUCGCUCUGCCUUCAGCGUGGGACUAACUACACCCACUACCACGACAGACACACCCCUUCACUUCGCCAAGAUCUUCUACAACGAACAGGUACUGUGUGUGUGUGUGUGUGUGUGUGUGUGUGUGUGUGUGUGUGUGUGUGUGUGUGUGUGUGUGUGUGUGUGUGUGUGUGUGUGUGGUGGGAAGGUGAGGACAGGAGAGAGAAAUUAAGGGAGGAGGGAGAGGAGAGGAGAGGAGAGGAGAGGAGAGGAGAGGAGAGGAGAGGAGAGGAGAGGAGAGGAGAGGGGAUGUCAGAGAAAAUAUUAAAUAUAUAUUCUUCUUUCCAGCUUCACUAUAACCCGUUUUUCUGUUGUCUGUCUGUCCAGCAUCACUAUGAUGACAUCUCAGGAAAGUUCCGCUGUUUUAUCCCCGGAGUGUACUACUUCACCUUCCACCUCACUGUACAGGUAACACACACACAAACAAAUCCUGUAACGGUAAGAUACUGUAAAAAAAAAAGGUACAGUAUGUUACCGUAAGUUCCAAAGGAACUUUGGUUUAAACAGUACAUUACUGUAAACUUUGAUUAGGGUCAGGGGUGUAAGGUGGGGCUGUACCGUAGCGGUGUGUGUGUUGUUUAGGGUCAGGGGUGUAAGGUGGGGCUGUACCGUAACGGUGUGUGUGUUGUUUAGGGUCAGGGGUGUAAGGUGGGGCUGUACCGUAACGGCCGAGUCAUUUUGCUGACGCUGGACCAAUUCCUGACCUCUGACCUGGACCAGUCCUCUGGAGGGGCGGUCCUAAAUCUCUCAUCUGGAGACCAAGUAUGGCUGCAGGUGAGUCAUAUGCUGCAGAUUCAAAGAAACAACGGAGAGGUCUUUUUUCCUUUAGUUCCUUUCAUUCCUUAUUAUUUAGAGUUCUAAAGUUUGGUUGAAAAAGUCAAUAUGGCUGAACCAGGCUAGUAAACAGAACUAUUUUACCAAACUGGUGAAUUUCCUAUGGCUGCUAUUAGAUGUUGUUUGUUUGCGUUAGAAUUGGACCUUUUACUCCUCUGACAAAGUCACCACAAGUCACGUCACUAACUUAUUACUUCAUUGAUGGCUAAUAUAAUAUCCCUCUGUCUACAGGUGUAUGGUGCGGAACAGGAAGAAGUUGGAAUUUACGCUGACAUCAACAACGACUCCACCUUUACUGGCUUCCUGAUUCAGGCCCGCCUACCUAGCAGCCUUGGAAAACCCCGACCUGAUUCCUCAGCUUUGUUGUCUCCUGGAGCCGAUUGGACAACCUGCUACUGCCACACCUACUUAGCAGCUGCUUAUUUUCCAUCACAUCCCUUUUUCCCCUUCUUCCCUUAUCCCUCUCUCUCCCCCAUUCACCUCAAUAUCUCCCUAACCUCCAACUCUCACCACUUUUUGUUCUCCGAGAUAAGCUAUAUUAAAUACUAAAAGGAAAUAGAACUGCUCCCUCUUUCUCUAUUAUUUCGCCCUUUUCUCUUUUAGUCAUAGUCCCCCCCUCUUUUUCAGACUCUUCGUUCAUUCCUUUCCCACCCUCCUCGCUAUGCACCCUUCCCUCCUAUCGAAAACUCCCACACCUCCUCGCAUCGUCCCUCCCACCUGACAUCCGUCCUCCCUCCGUCAGCUCUCCAUCACUCCCACGAGCCCUCGUUACCCUCUACCGUUGCUCUCUCUCCUCUCCCUCCUCUCUCUCCUCUCUCUCCUCUCUCUCCUCUCUCCUCUCUCUCCUCUCUCUCCUCUCCCUCCUCUCUCUCCUCUCCCUCCUCUCCUUCCUCUCUCUCCUCACUCUCCUCUCCCUCCUCUCUCUCCCCUCUCUCC